UCGCAUUCCACCGAGCAGUUCAACCUCACGUCGCCGUUGUCGCCGUCGUCGAGGAGACCCGCGAAGAGACCCGCAUCACGACCGAAGCUCAUCCACUUUCAACGCGAGUCACGACUCAGGUUCUCCCCCGCAAUUUACAACCCGCCGAGCCGACACCCAGCGCAGCGCAUACACACAGCCCGCCAUGUCGUCCGGCUAUGGCAUGAACGGGGGUCCAUCCCGGUGCUUUCCCUUUUGGCAAGAAGUGCUCGCCUGCUACGUGGUCAACAGCAACGAGGAGGACGCGUCGGGCAGAAAGAAGUGCUCGCCGAUGCUGGAGGAUUACUACGAGUGCUUGCACCACAAGAAGGAGGCCGCCAGAGUCCAAGCCCUCCAAGCUGCCUAUCGCAAAGCCGAAGCAGAAGGCGGAUACAAGGCCAACCCACCGACCGCCGGACAGAUACGGAACUUGGGAAUCCUGGGUAAGGAGGAGGAUUCCAGGGCGGUGUUGGGAUCGAAAUAAGGGCAUGGCACUGCAAUGUUGAUGAUGAUAUGCACAUACUGCUAGGGAUACGGCACUAGAACUAUUACAACAGCACGGCACCGCACGAGCGAGCCGGAGGGAAAACAGAACCAAUUUUUUGACGCCUCUUAAUCUACGGAGUCCUGGAUGUUACAAUUGCUGGGAGAUUGGGAGAACGAGGCAACGAUGUCAAAUGCGGUUUUGCUGAUAUCAGAUCUUAGUACAAGAAGUAAUUGCUGGAACAUCAGCCUACUACC